AUGGAUGUUCAGCAGCUGUUUACUAAUCUCAAGAAGGAAGCCGAGUGUCCACUGUGUCUAGAAACAGUCAAGGAUCCCAAGACACUUCCAUGUCUACACUCAUUCUGUCUGCGGUGUAUCGACAAACAGGCAGGAUAUGCAAGAGGAAAGUUAGAAACGACGAUCAAAUGUCCAGUUUGUCAGGCUUGCCUUCAGAUCCCUGAAGGAGACUCGUUUGGCAGCCUUCCCAUAUCUUUUCAUCUCAGCCGAUUGGUGGAUCUCCUCGCCCUGAAAGAUGGAAACGAAGAGGCUCAGAGAUGCAGCAAUUGUGAAGAAAACAACAAGGCAACUUGCUACUGCUUUGUUUGCCACAACUUUCUUUGCAAGGAUUGUUUUGACGCUCAUCAGCGCCUAAAGGUCACGAGAGCUCAUCGCAAUGUUGUGAUCGAAAAUUUGCAAGCACAAGACGUGGAGGAUUUGAUGCACAGACCCGCCUUGUGUGCAAAGAAAUAUCACGAGAAUGAACCGCUUGAUUAUUAUUGUCAAGACUGUAGCGUUUGUAUUUGUCACAAGUGCGGUAUAGUGUGUCAUAAUCGACAUACUUUAGUAGACUUACAGGAGGCUGCCGAAGAACAAAAGAUGCAAAUGACGCAAGUCUUUACCAGAGUUAAGGAAAAACUUGUUAUUGUGGAGUCAAAGAUAUUGGCGCAAAUUGAACUGAUGAAAAAAAUAGAUGAAGAAAUCUGCGCCGCUGAAGAGAAGGUUUCGAAAACUGUGCAAGAAAUUAUUCGAGUUGCGAAGGAACAUGAAACGGCUGUAAAAACUAAGCUGGCAGAAAUGAAAGUCACGCAACAAAGGAAUUACGCAGCAGAAAUAGGAAAUAUUCGGUUACUCGCUGCUCAGCUAAAGAGUUCUGUCGAAUAUGGUGAAGGUAUCGUACAACGCAGCAUCAGUCCUGAAAUUCUGCAAGCAGGACACGUUGUGCUUGGUCGAUGCGAGGAACUUUUAGCCACACAGGAUAUUGAGGUAUGUAAACCUCAACAUGUAGUCUAUUGUAUAAAUGUGGAAGCUAUGAAUACUGCCAGAGGCUUGGUUCCGGGUCAUGUAAUAGAGAUUUACACCGAUGCUUUACAAUCAUCGGCAGAAGGAAGAGGUUUAAUCGAGGCAGAAGCAGGUAUUCAAACUAACUUUACAGUCACUACGCGAGAUUCAAAGGGAAGUCAGUGUUAUAAUGAACAUGACCAACUGACCGUGAUAGUCUGCUCUCAAAAAGGAGAAGAGGAGGAAACGAAAAUUGAUGACUGUAAGAAUGGAACCUACGUAGUGCGUUACAAGCCAAAGAGUGUUGGUUUACGUGACAUUUCUGUUGAGGUAAAUGGCCAACCGCUGACUGGUAGUCCUUGGAGAGCUCAGGCGGCUGGCCAUCAGUACAAAGCUAUUUAUUCAUUUGGAUCACAUGGGUCAGAAUCUGGACAGUUUAAAGCACCAGGUAGCAUUGCAUUCAAUAAAAGAACAGGACAGAUUGCUGUAGCAGAUUAUUGUAAUGACAGGGUUCAGUUGUUUGAUCGUGAGUGCAAAUAUCUGAGAACAAUUGGAGACAAGGGACUUGAUGCUGAGAGAAUCAAGUUUCCACUUUCUGUGGGAUUUACAAUAUCUGAUGAGGUCAUUGUCGUUCAUGCAAAAACAAAAUCGAAUAAGAUUUCCUUGUUUACUGAACAAGGCAACUUCAUUAAAUUCAUCAUUCGACAUAUGAUUAGUCCUUGCUCCGUAUCUGUCAGAGAUGAUGGUCACAUGAUCGUGUGUGACCCGGGUGACAAGUCAGUCCAGGUCCUCUCCCCUGACGGUACAAGAUUAGUACAGUACUUUAAGGUACCAGGCGCUUUAGGUUACCUGGCUUCUGCUGUUUAUCAUGAGAACAAGUUUUUUGUCUUAUACACCUCACAUGACUAUGUUAAAGUUUACAACAAUGAAGGACUUUAUCUGUAUGAUAUUGGCAAUGAGGAAUCUGUUGUUGCACCAUUUCUAGGUAACAGUUCUAGCUUCACCAUUGAUGAGUUUGACAACCUGAUCGUGAUUGACAUAAAGAACAGCUGUCUUCGUGUGUUUUCAUUAGAUGGAAAAUAUGUUAAUUCGUUUAAUGAAGGAGUUAAAUCUCCCUGUUCUGUUGCUCCUUUUGAAGAUAAUAAGUUGUUGGUUUGCGAUAAGUUAAACAGUGUAAUCCAUGUUUUGAAGUAGAAUGUGAACAUUAUUCAGCAGUUGUUCUGAUGCGAUUCUUUUAAUGUGAUCGUUGUUUCCUUAGUAAUUUAGGACCCUUGUUUUUCACAUCCGACGGAAUAUUCCUCGCUGGCUCAAAAAGGAAAAAAAGAAGAAUAGAAAUUGGACUCUAUGAAUAUUUUGAAGACAGCAUUGCUUUAAAUAGAAUAAGAGAAUUGGUAAGUUUUGAGCUCGGUAAAGAAACGGAGAAAGGUGUUUUUCGUCUUGUCACGAGUGUGGGACAAAGAAAAAAUUCUGAGUCCCCACAAGGAAUCGAACCUUAGAACUUAGGAUUCCGCGCUCCGAUGCUCUACCGCUGUUUACAAACAUGACUCUAUCGAUAUUGCUGAGUUUUUUCUUUGUCCCACGCUCGUGACAAGACGAAAAACGUCUUUCUCUAGCUUUGUUUUAGUCAAUUAAUUUUUUUCGUCGUCUUUGCGUUUCUCUCCAUUUAUUGGUUGCAUGCCAUUAUCUUUCAGAGUAAUAAAUAAAGUGUUGUUUGACUUGGUGUGAAAAUUAUUGUGAAAGAGUGCUGUCUUGGAGGGAGGGAGGGAGGGAGGGAGGAUGAAGGUCGUUCGAUAGAUCUCAUUCGAAGGGACCCACAUAUAGAAGGUUUAUCUAACCAGUAUGCAGCAAGCCAUCAAAUUACUAACCCUAGGAUUGUUUAAAGCUCCAUUUGUCACUGGUGUUCCUGUGACGACGAAGUGAGAGUACCUGCACAGUAGUUUGUAAGUGACGGAAAUUGUUUUAUGCAAGAAUUCAGGGCCUGUUUUUUAGCUGCUCUCACGACCACUUAAUGUAAUUAACUUUUCCCUGAGAAUUUUUGUCACAAAUAAUCAUACGGAGAAUUUUCAAUGAAGAAUGGAAAGCAUUCCUGGGUAACCUACGAGGAGGCCCUAAUUAUUAGCGUUUCAGAGCGCGUGUUUGCACAAACGAGGCCUUGAGUAACGCGAGCCGGUGAGAGUCCUCAUUGGUGUUUCUUGGUGUUUCUUCACUGUAAAUGGCCCGUAAGUUCACCCUCUCAACCAAUCAGAAUAAAACCAAAACUAGUCGCGGCUAAGUUACCCUUGUGUUUCUCCCUUCUUCAAGCAGAUGGCUUGUUUUAAACUUAGUUCCCAUUGUCUAGAUUUCCUUGUGAUAUUUACGGUUAUACCGUUGUGAUGAAUUUACCCCUAUUUUUACAACAAUCAAUCAAACUGCACUCUGAUAGGAAUGCAGAUAGAGAAAGAGAUAGAGAUAGCUUUAUUAAACCUCUUCCUUCUACCGAUGAUUGUAAAGCAUCGGUGUAAAUCUCUAUUACAUGACCCAGAUCCAAGCCUCUAAGAGUGUUCAUAACUUCCAAAUUUACACAAUAGGCGAAAUGUUGAGAUCUACAUACCUCAAUAUCCUGUUUGGUUAAAAGUUCCUCACAUCGACCAAGCACAGCAUGUCCUGCUUGCAGAAUUUCAGGACCGAUGCUUCGUUGUACGAUGCCUUCGCCACAUUCGACAGAACUCUUCAGCUGAGUAGCGAGUAACUGAACAUUUCCUAUUCUUGCUGCGCAAUUUUUUUGUUGCGUAACUUUCAUUUCUGCCAACUUAGUUUUUACAGCCGUUUCAUGUUCCUUUGCAAUUCGAAUAAUUUAUUGCUGACAGUUUUCGUAACAUUCUCUUCAGCGGUGCAGAUUUCCUUUUCGCUUUUUUGCAUCAGUUCAGUUUGCUCCAAUAUUCAAAGAUAUACACUAAACCAACGGUCCAGUAAUCAGGAAUUAAUCACAAACACGAAUGAGAUUAAGAGACAAUCAAAACUGUCAAUGAUUUGGGUGGGAGGGAAACUAAAACUUUCUUAUAAGCCAGAAAUAAACUAUAUGCCUAAGCGGUAUUAUACUAAAGUAAUUUCGCAAUUAAAACGUGUAAGCGUGGUGAAUAGCCAUUGGCUCUUAUGACUUGUAUGCUUAACAAAUUGCUCAAUCUUAAGGAAAGGGCUAAUAUAUACGCUGCCCUAAUAUAUACCAGACCUCUCAGUUAUCGAUGUCUAAAUUCAUAUUAAUUGAGAUCAAUAUUCACUUCAACGCUUUGACCAGAUCGACUGAUUGACCUUUCGAACGAGUAUUUAUUAUGAAAGUUAAACUAUGGUCAAUGUGUCUUGUGGUGGACUGUCAUAAUACUUACAAAAUUACAAAAGGGAAAGGAGUAAGCCUCUGCGAGGUACCAAAAAUUAAAAUUUAAAGAAAAUUUGGCUGGCAAAAAUAAAACGCGAUGACGGUUUGCUGAAACCGAAGAACUGCUACGUCUGCUCGGGUCACUUUAUCGAGGAAGACUUCAAGCAGGAUAUUCAGGUAUGAAAGUUGUGUUUUUUCAACUUUCCUUAAAACUGAAAGCUAUGUUUACCUUUCACAUAUUCAAAACGUAUUUUUUUUCCCAAGAAUUUUUCCCGAGCAUUUUUCCAAAGCAGUGUUUAUAAUUAUCUUAAAAAGGCAGCAAAUAUUUGUUAAUUUUAGAAUCACUGUGAAAAAGGUCUUCUCGUCACUCGGUAUAAAUAAGAGUACAAUGAGGAAAACCAUUAGUAUGUGAAACGUUCGUUGUUUUUUUUUUUUUCUUUUUUGUCAAAAAUACAGUCCGAGCUCCUUGGGUUUGACGGUAGCAAGAAAAAGAGACAUUUAAGAGAUGAUGCAGUUCCAUCUUUUUUUUCUUAUGCGCCUCCACAAAAGAAAUUCCGACAAACAAGCAUUGGUAGGGCGAAUCGCCGGAGCCAACAGGAGGUGGGGUGUAAAAUGAUGCAACUAACUACUGUUUUGUCAUACCAGCCUGUAAAUAUAAUUAACACCGUACAUUCUGCAUUUCAUCGUAGGUCUUGAACACCCUUCUUGAAAACACUCCGUUAAAAAGGUUGUUACUUUAAGAGCAGGGAACGACUUCGCUCGGAGGAGAUAAUGCAGCUCUUUGCAAAAGGGUAUGAAAAACCCUGGUAAGGUCCAACACAUUUUUUGAUUUUUGAUUUUUUUAUUUGUUUUAAUUGUUAUUGUUAGUAUUAUAAUUAUAAUUAUUAUUAUCAUUAUUAUUAUUAUUAUUGUUAUUGUUAUUAUCAUUAUUAUCAUUAUUAUUAUCAUUGUUAUAAUUAUUGUAAGAAUUGUUUUUUUCUGACUUAUUUUUCCUAUCUAUCUUUCUAAGCUGAGGAUCAAUUCGUCACUUUGCUUACUCUAAACUCACCUUCCCCAAAACUGAUGAGUCCUAAACAAGUCAAUCAAUCAAGCCCAGGAAACGACAAAUACCCACACAAAGAAUGUAAAUUACAUGGCCACAAAUUACAUGGCCUUUUGGCGUCAUGUAAUCUUAGUACCGUAGCCUUAAGGAGAAAGCGCGCUUUUAACAUACCUUUUUGCAGAGCAAAUAGACUGAAGAAUAGUUUUAUCAUGUACAACGCGGCUAUUUCCUAAUGGCUUUAUCUUGUAUAAUGUGGCUAUUUCUUAAAUUUCACUACGUACAAUAUACAUAAUGAUAUAUAUCAAUAGUAUUUUUGCUCUUCCGUUCAUGAAUUUUUAUAUGUAUAUGUAGUAUUUUUUAGCCUUUUUUUAUUUAGUUUUUCAUUCUUUUUUGUAUCUAGGAUUAAUUAAACAUUUGUAGAGUCCGUAAUCCAACCUUUUGGUUGCAAUGGAUUUUUAACAACCUGAUCGUGUGUGAUAAUAAGAAUGAAAGACUUCAAGUGUUUUCUUUAGACGGAAAAUUUGUUUACUCGUUUAAUAUUGAAGAAAUUAAAUCUCUCUCCUCUGUCCCUGCUUCUGGAGAUAAUAAUUUAUUGGUUUGCGAUGGCGAAAAGCAUGUAGUCCAUGAUUUGCAGUAGAAAGAGUCGCUAAACUUAUGAUGAUGUCAUGUAAAUUGCUUAAUUAACAAGGCGAGAAUGAAUUGAUUUUCAUCUCAAAGUUGAAAAUAAUGCUCUAUCCGCCAUCUAAACACCUUUUCAUUCAUGCAACAUCAUAUCAGAAACUUGACACACUGGAUUGAAACUGCAGACUAAGAACCGGCCCUUCGUUUUUUUACUUUCUUUUUUUUUUUUAGGGGGUUCCGUUUUAAUUUGUGUUUUCUUUUUAUUUGCCUUCUCUAUUUCUUUUAUUGCGUUUUCUAGUAAUUUAAAAGAUUGGUUGAAUGUAUGAUCAGUGUAUAAGAGAUGAAAAAUUUUGUGUCGGUUUCCUCAAACUUGUAGUCAGGGCCUAAUGUUAUUUAUUUAAUAAAGUGAGUAAGUAAUGACAUGUAUAUCAGAGGCAAUGUGAAAUUUAGUUACAGGUGUUCAAAAAAUUUCAUCACUGGUACAUCAAUAUCCUUUGACAUAACCGGUUCCUUGAAGCUCACAGUUUUCCUUAAGCAUUUCCCUCAGAAAAUUGCUGGCCUCUUGGAACAUAUGUCUGCUGACUAAUAUCCAAGCAUAUUUUUGCACAAAAUGGAGGCUACUGUAUAUAUUGUAACAUGGCCAAUAGCAUACAUAUCCUACUACUGAACAUAUUUUAUAAUGUACAUACUUCAAUAAAAACUGUUUGUUUAUCACUCACAGAGAUGUUGGAAAUGUUGUACAGGCUAUAUACGGAGACUCCCCUCCAUCCAUAUUUUUGGUUGGACACAGGUAAAAUGCAUUUAUUUUGUAUUAUGAAAUGUCUGGAGUAAAUUGGUUCAGGUGGAUGUGGGCUUCAGACCAUUCAAUUAUCCCUUGCAUGAUAUCCUUUUUGAUAAAUCAUUACCAAGGUGUUAUUUAGUGGAUGUACCUGAAAAUAAGAUGGUGUAGAGUUUAAAAAAUUACUAAAAUUUUAGUUAUGCUGUUGGUAAUAUUUUGUACAUGGCGUUACUGGGAGAAAAUAACUACUUAAGCAGAGACAGCAGGGAUAAACAAUUUUUUUACAUUCUUUUAUUUUGAUUUGUCCUUAAUGCAUAAUAAGGGUGUGUAUACACUGUAGCAAUAUGUACAAAGAAAAGCGCAGUUUAUCUAAGCCAAUGUUUUAAAAUGUGUGGGGUUAGUAACAAGAUGUGUUUAUGUUGAUCGCAAGGGCUUAUCGCUUAAUGAUAUUAAUUUCUUGUUUUCAGUAUGGGUGGGGCCAUUGCUGUUCUUGUUGGAGUUCAGAAACUGUUGAGUACCUCUUUAGGUGGACUAGCUGUUAUUGAUGUAGUGGAAGGUGAGUGAGAGAGACUAAUAAAUAAAGUACAUGGAGUGCAUUUAAAAUGAAUGUAGUAAUUAAAAGUAAAACCAGAGUGAUCACAAUUGCUAAUCAGAUUGAAGGAAAAUGUCAGAGGUAGCCAGUGACAACCAGAGGCAAAAGAGGAAAACUACCCACACAACGAUGAAAUGUUUUAUGUCUGUUUGGCGGAGGGGAUGACUUGUGUUUUCUAGACCAGUUUAAGACUGUUAUGAAAGAAGACAGAUUUAAUCCUAGUUUAAUUUCCAAUUUACGUCUGCUUACACCAGUAUGGUAUGUAUCCCUCUCUCAUUCCCCUUUACCACUCCCCCUUCCCACUUACCCCCACCUUGUUCCCCUUUACCCCAUCUCCCUUCUCACUUACCCCUUCCCAGUUCCCUUUAAUCUCUUCACCUUCCCUCUUACCCCUCUCCCAUUCCCUGUUUCCCCUACUUUCUUCUUUUAUACCUCUUUUUAAUAGAUUUAAGGGCGAUACGUAUGCUGUUAACAAACAUCUUAUUUCAGUGUGCUAGCUUUUAUAAUCACCCACAGGCUUAUUUGCAUUCAAAUAUCCCGACCCCCAUUCCUUGAAAAAGUAUUCUUUUGUAAAUAUCCACGCUUACAAUUUGUAAGCUCUUAAUGUUUUUCUCUCUUGUCACCUUAUUUAGAUCUCAUCAAUUUAUCAAACAGAAAAAUGAUUCAAAUUCUGUAAAAAGAGUGAUAAAUCGGGUUACAAAAUUGUUAAUUAAAAAAAUGUCUGACUGGAGAAAACUAUAAAAAGUAUCGCAUUGGGCAGAACCAACGGAGCUGUAAGGAGUACUGCUUUGUAUGUGUAAAUGUUGUACUAAAAUGAUAGAUGUGUUUAUGUUGAUGACAAGGGCUUAUCGCUUAAUGAUAUUAAUUUCUUGUUUUCAGUAUGGGUGGGGCCAUUGCUGUUCUUAUUGGAGUUCAGAAACCGCUGAGUACAUGGAUGCCCCGGACAAAGUUAGUGAAGUAAUGAAUUCAUCUUCAGCUAAGAACGAUAAAUGAAAAAAAGUUGUAAUGAAAUAAUAAUAACAUUAAUAAUAAUAAUAAAAUAAUACUGAAUGACAAUGAUUACAAUGGUAUUAAAAACUAGAAAAAAUUAUAAUGAGCUUAUCAGGGUUUUCCAUGCCCUGUUUUGAACGGCUGCACCAUCUCCUCUGAGCAAUAUGAAAUUUCUCACAUUUAGUAACAAUCAUAACAAUCAAACCUUCACUUUUUCCCGACGUAUUUUUGUGGUAUGAGUUAAGCAAAGUAGGAAAAUUGCGAAUGUUCAAAAUUUUAAAAAACUGAAAACCUUCAAAAACGGGAUUCACGGUAAGGAGACCGAUUCUUAGAAAAGUUAACAAUGCCAUCAUAAGUAUCCCUUACCCCGAAGUUACAUCUUGUUUACACCUGCUACUUGAGGUGACUGUUUCCGUGUUCCGACCGUGGUUUGUCCUUUAUCUCUGUAGGUGACAAUCUUCAAGUUAGUUUUGCACACUUCUCUGACGUCAAGGCGAACACAAAUUCUAACCGAGGAGAUGGAAUCGAAUACCGGAGACAUUGUCAGACAAGUCAAGCACAAAGUGUUUCUGAUGUGAAAUUUUGUUACCUUUUCCUUCUGCAGGCCUAUGCCGGCGUGUUAGUCAUAGCUCGGAUUUCUUCCUGUUGUCAAACCAAUACGAGAGGGAGAGAGUUUUGCCAAGUUCAUUUAAUCUCUGUUUAUAAGAAUUUACACGUUAGUUUCUCUUUCUGUACAGAUUAAAAGACCAGCAAACAUCAAUCGAGUGGGUAUAUAGUCUUUGUAUGGCAGCUAUCGAAGCCAACUCCUCCCAUUUUGUGUUCUAUUCCCACCCCCAAGAAAAGUUUUCCGAGACUGACUUACUUAGCUAUCGGAGCUUAGCACUACGUUACGAGGUGUAUUGUCACUCCUCCUCUUAUGGGAUGAAAAUAUGCAUUCCCCUUCUCUCUUAUUCAGCUUUCGUUCAGUUUACACGAGAGUUACCUGAUGCACACAGUGGGUUAUGGGGUGGCACUUUUAUACAAUCCUUCUUGCCCACGAUCACAGCAUAAUAACCCGUGCAAGGUUUGAAACGGACUAUUUGACGCCAAAAUGCAAAAAAGUCUUUUUCCCCUUUUUUUUCCGCCAAAACGUCCUCUAGUCGGAAGCUAAAGUUUGCACCAAUCAGGGCAAAGUAGGUCCGCAACGCGUGCGGAUCUUAAAAUUUUGCGAGCAACGUGGCACUAGAUCUAAUCGAACCGAUGAAAAAAUUGAUUCAUUAACAAGAUAAACAAACUCACAAUGCAUGGUAUCAUAAUUGGAUAUCAUCUCUAGGUUUUUUUCCUGAAAAAAAGAACAGAACAUUGAUUUCGUCAUGUUCCUUCACGUGUAAUCCCCUCCCACAAGCCAAGUUCCGUCUUAAUAGCCCAACCCCCAUACCCCUUAAUUAUAUUCUUUUAUAAUUAUACACGCCUCUGUUUUAUCAUUAUUAUUAUCAUCAUUUUUUAAGUAAAAAUUACAGAUAUAGUUAAAAUUACUACACAGAAACAAGGAGGAUUGGCGCAAUUGCUGUUGUAAGCAUUUUCAGCAAAAUGAAUACUACAACUAUUCUAAAAAAAUAUUAAUUAUAUUAAUAAUAAUAAGAUAUUUAAAUUACUGUACAGUCUCACUAUUAUAAUGAAGUUAAAUACAGUUACUAUUGGGAAAACUAAUACAAUCAUUGUAAUUAUUACUAAUGCAAAAAGAAAAAAAAGGUGCAAGAGAGAAACACCCAAGAUUAGAGUGGAAAGCUUUUAAUCCAAUUCUUAUAGAAAGUUUCCAGGUCUUUAUUUUUUGAGGCAAUGUUUUUUUUCAGUUUGAUAAUUAGUUUUCAAGUUUAGUUUGAAACUUUCCGUAUUCGGAUACGCAUGCGUCCUUCUGCAAUCCCAAAACCAGCAAAAGUAAGGAGACUCUGUAUGCAAUAUUAUAAACAAAUUAAUGUGUCAGUCACUCUUCUCGAAAAGUUAAACUGGUUAAGAAAAUCCUAUAAACCUUUGCAUCAAAACGAAAAUUCUCAGCAGUAUCCAGAAAUUUUCAAGCAGAAAGGUGAUUAGAAAAAGGAGUAAUAUUUCUUAAUUUAGCUGUACAAAGCAGCAAAUUGCAACUCCAUCUUAAUUAUCGAGAUAACGCACACAUUCAGAGAUUAUCGAGGUUAGGUAAUACCACUCGAAAAACGUUUGCAAAGUUCAUUGAAUUUCUUUGCGUGGAAACUGAAUUCAGUUCUUCACUUCAUCUUCAUAAUUAAAGUAAUAAAACUCUUUUAGUAUGGAAUCGUCGGUCAUGCGUGCGAAACUGUCCUGUACGAGUGUGGUCAAAUUUUGUCACCAGCAGCCUACGUGUAAGUUGGCAAACGGGGCCAUUUAAUCAAGAAAUUGCCGAUGACUGUUCCUCGUUUAGGCGCCGAAACAGAAACUUAUUCCGACAAGUGUGCGUUAGAAUUAAAUGAUUCUAUAGGUUUCAUUUCUCAAAAAAAAAAACUUUAAAAAGAGAGUAAUCACUCCGCCCUUAGAAACAGAAUAAAAAACACAUUGAAACACUUUAGAAGGUAAAGUUUUAAAUCUGAAUAGGGUGGAGAGGGCGAGGGCUCAUUAGGUGACUGAUCCCUCUCCUAGGUCUCGCUUUAUGUAUGAUUAGCGAUGUGAUGUGUCGAUCGCACCCAGCUCUCAACUUAUUCAGCUAGACAUGGAUGUUCAACAGCUGUUUACAAGUCUCAAGAAGGAAGCCGAAUGUCCAUUGUGUCUAGAAACAGUCAAAGAUCCCAAGACACUGCCAUGUCUACACUCAUUUUGUCUGCGGUGUAUAGACAAACACGCAGGAUAUGCAAAGAGAAAGUUAGAAACGACGAUCAAAUGUCCAGUUUGUCAGGCUUGCUUUCAGAUCCCUGAGGGAGACACGUUUGGCAGCCUUCCCACAUCUUUUCAUCUCAACCGAUUGGUGGAUCUCCUCGCUCUGAGAGAUGGCAGCCAAGAGACUCAGAGAUGCAGUAGUUGUGAAGAAAACAACACGGCAACUUGCUACUGCUUUAUUUGUCAGAACUUUCUUUGCAAGGAAUGCUUUGACGCUCAUCAACGCCUGAAAGCCACAAGAGGUCAUCGCAAUGUUUUGAUGGGAAAUUUGUAA